UAAUAAUGGAUGAGCACCAGAAGAAACUCAAUCAGCGGCAUGAGGGAAGACCCCGCAAAGUGAGGUUCAAAAUAUCAUCAGCUUACAGUGGGCGAGUGUUAAAACAAGUCUAUGAAGAUGGGCAGGAACUCGAGCCCCCAGCCAAAGAGCACUCUCGGCGUUUUCUCCGCCACAGCUUUGAGCCAGGGGACCAUUUCUGUGGGGCCGGGGAAAUGCCAGAAAACAGGUUUUACUCGCCAGCCAAGCUGACUGCCCAGCGGAUCAGCAUAUUCAAAGAGGACAAGAAAUACAGUCUCACCAGUAACUCGCUUCUCCUCAGUGACUACCAGUCAAGCGACAGUCAGUCUUCCCCAAUUCUAGAUUUUGGCAAGAUCAUAAUCUACACUAAUAACCUGAAAAUCAUCCGUGCACCAAUGGACCAGAAAGAGCUCAUGAGAAGAAUCAUCCAGACUGAGGGAAUAAAUGACUGGGCCUUUAUAUACCGGGAAAGGAAAGAAAGAUUUGGUGGUGGACAUAAAAAAGAUGUGGAAAAAAAGGUUGCCUGCAACCAGUAUGCACAGGAAGGAGAUGCUGAACACAGUUGUUCCCAGUGUAAAGGGUCAGGCUCUGCUCCUUGCUCACUGUGCCAUGGAAGCAAGUUUUCAAUGCUGGCAAACAGAUUCAGAGAGUCCUACAGGGCUCUCCGAUGUCCGGCUUGCAACGAAAGCGGCCUGCAGCCCUGCCAGAUCUGUGCUGCCUGAUCAGGACCACCAUCUCUGCAGCAGGCUACAAGUACCACAGCAAUAUUUGGUUGAAAACUUUGAAUUAUUUAACCCUCAAGCAGCCUCGCUAUAAUG